UAGACGUUGACACGAAAACGGUGUCAUGUAUCGAAUCGAAAACAUCAUUCUAUUGGCAGCUGCCGUUCUGGCUUCUGUUUAUGUAGCCUCAGGUGAUGAGGAACAAAAGAGCACCUUUCCAGCUCUGCGUCCGGGCAAUUUGCGAAACAUGACAGUUCUGGAACGGAUGCGAAGCUGCAUGGACCGUCUGGACGGGCACAUCGAGUCCAGCCAAGUGGUGAUUCACACCCUGCUGAAACAGCUGAAUGUGGAAGCGGUUUUCAGCGGUACCGGCGACGACGACAACGACGACGACGUCGUGAAAUUGGUUCAAAUUCAAACGGCAGAUGAUCGGGGGAUGCUAAUAUGGACGACUAAUGGCUUCUACGUGUCACUGUCCUUCAUCCUGUUCCUGCAUCUAGUAGUACUGAUCGUGUUUGGAGUCAUAACACUUUGCUUAUCAAAAUCUCCCGUUGCUGCUCUACCAAGGAUGACUGUAUAGGAAGCUAACACUCAACUCCCCCCAUUAGAAAGCCGUCAUAAAGCGACUUAUCUGAUUAAAGGUUUUACAUGCUUGUUUCGCAGCAGACAACCGCAGGAACAUGCUUGCCAGGGUGAAUUCCACGGGCAACAGUGCAAAACUGCAUUACGGCAAGGAACUUUAACAUGUUUUUUUUUUUGUUUUUGUUAAGUUAACUUUAACAGGCCAUCAUACAUGCCGUUUUUUAAGGCGUUUGGUGUUGUUUUUAAUUUCGGUUUUAUGACGGCAAUAAAUGUUGGACAUCGGUUUUUGGAGAAAAUCCCAUCGCAGAACACUGAGCGCUAAUGAGUUGUUUAAAUUCAUAUGAAAGUGUUUCAGUCAAUAAAUAUUGUGUUGUC